AUGUCUGAUCAAGAUACUCGCCUAAAUAAGUUCAGCGAAUUGCGAAGUAUGGUUAAAAACUACAUCGAUUCGUAUAAUGCAUUGUAUCAACUGAAAACCGAAAAUGAAGAAGAAAUAAACAAGAUUUACAAAAUGAUCAAAACAGAGUUGAUUGAUUCAAAGAAACGUCUUCCUCAUACUAUUAUAAGCGACAUUUUAUCAAUUAUUCCGUUUAAAAAUCGCUAUACGAAGGCUUAUUUUUCCCUCGCCAAACUCAUAUAUGAUAAUUAUCAAAUAAACGAGAAAAUCAAAGUUCAAUUAAGUGUUGGAUACCUAUUUUAUAAAGAAUAUGGAAUCAAAUUAAACAAAUCGGACAAUUUCGAAAAAAUUAAAUCUGAAAACAUCGAUAUUCAUACAGAAGAUACAAUUUACAGAGCAAUUAUGCAUAAUGACUUAGAAAGAUUCAUUGCAUUCACUGAAAGAGAAGGAUUUGAUAAAGAUCAAAAACUUGAAAGUAGUUUAUAUCCAUUUUCUGGCAAUGGAUAUUCAUUACUUGAAUUGUGUUGUUACCAUGGAGCAGUUGAUUGUUUCAAGUUAUUAAGAACAAAAUUUCAAUCAUAUGUAUCUUAUACAUGUCUUAAUUUGUCGUUUUUAGGAGGAAAUCAAGAAAUCAUGAGUGAAUGUUUGAAAUAUAUGGAACCAUAUUGGGGAUGCAUGGAAUAUGCAAUUAUUUCACACAACAUAGAUUUUGUUACAUUCUUGAUGAACGAAUACCAAAUAAAGAUCGAUUUAUUUUAUUGCGCAAAGCAUAAUAAUCAUGAAGCAUUUUUAGUUUAUUUCGAUCAAACUAAUGAUAUUAACAAAUGCUUUCUUUAUUCAGCAAGGCUCAAUAUUCCAUCCUUACUCGAAUACUUCCUUUCACAUGGUGCGAAUAUCAAUGAAAAAGAUAAUGAUAGAAAAACCGCUCUUCAUUAUGCAGCAUUUAAUAAUAAUAAAGAAACAGCCGAACUCCUUAUUUCACAUGGUAUUAAUAUCAAUGAAAAAGAUAAAAAUGGAGAAACUGCUCUUCAUUAUGUAGCAUUUAAUAAUAAUAAAGAAACAGCCGAACUCCUUAUUUCACAUAGUAUUAAUAUCAAUGAAAAAGAUAAAAAUGGAGAAACUGCUCUUCAUUCUGCAGCACUAAAAAUAGUAAAUAAAUAG